ACAAGACACUAUAAGACUUUACGUAUUGCAAGCUCAGUCAGUGUAUUGAAGAUUUUAUAAAACAAAAUCAGUUUUCGUUUGACAGUCGGACGAGGCGGUUGAAAAUAAACAAGAAAAACCGAAAGACACCAAACAACACAAAUAUAACGUUGUAUAGCGGAAGAAACUAAAGUGGAAGAAAAAGGAAGCUUUACAUGUUUUGCCAGUAGACAAACAAAUUAUAAUUUGGAAAAAAAAGAGAAAAAUAUCAAUAAAAUUAUAAAGUAAUAUACAGAAAUAAGUAAUAUAAAUAAAUUGAGUCAUCAUCAACAUCGUUAGACAUGAUUGAACAAGAAGUUAUACACACUAAUUCCGUUUCGAAACGAAUUUUUGAUUUUAUACAAAAUGUCCUUGAAUUUGUUAUUGUUUUUAUGAAAAUGCUGCUAGGAGCACUACAAGCCAUCAUGGAAACUAUACUGCCAAAGAAAUUAAAGGAUGUUAGUGGGGAAAUAGUAUUAAUUACCGGAGCUGGUCAUGGCAUUGGACGUGAAUUGGCUUUACAUUAUACAGCUCACUAUAGCACCGUUGUUUGUGUGGAUAUAAAUGAAAAAUCUAAUGAAGACACGGUCAAAAGUGCCAAAAGAUUAAAUAAAGGAGCAGUUUUUAGUUACACAUGUAAUGUUACGGAUCGUGAAGCUGUUUUAAAUUUAGCCCAAAAAGUUAAAGAAGAAGUUGGGCCUGUUUCCGUACUAAUUAAUAAUGCCGGCAUCAUGCCAAUUAAUCCAUUGGAAAAACAAACAGCUGAAGAUAUACGCCGAACUUUCGAUAUCAAUGUAUUUUCACACUUUUGGACCUUGGAAGCUUUUCUACCCCAUAUGAAAGAACAAAAUCGUGGUCACAUAGUAGCCAUGUCUUCAAUAUCUGGUCUUGUGGGACUACCCAAUCUGGUGCCAUAUUCAGCAACAAAAUUUGCCGUUAGAGGUCUAAUGGAAUCAUUGUAUACAGAGUUAAGAAGUGGACCCUAUAAAAAUUUGAUAAAAACCACGACCAUUUGUCCUUAUAUGACCAACACUGGUUUGUGCAAAAAUGCAAAAGUACGCUUUCCUUCGAUAUUUGGUUUAUUAGAUCCCAAAGAAGUUGCGGCACAAAUUGUCCAAGCUCAACGUUCGGAUGAAAACGAAGUUACUGUUCCCUCUUAUUGGUAUCAUGUUAAUAGAUUUUGUCGUCUUUUGCCUCUGGAAUCGGCUGCCCUAUUAAUGGAUUAUGUUGAUAGUGGCGUUCAAGCUGAAUAAAAUCCUUAAAAUCAUAAUUCAACAAAUAUUAAGAACAAUUAUUUAACAUUUAAGUAUUAAUAAUAGAUCUUAUGUAAGAACAUCGCUUUUUCAUUUUAAGGGUUUGAUUUAGACUUUUGUAUUUCAUUUCAUACAAUAAAUUUUAAGUUGUAAAAAUUUAAUUUGUGUAUAAGAUUUUUUAUACGAAUUUUAAAUAUGUUUAAGCUAAAUAUACAAAAUAAAGAAACCGCCAAAGGAAAA